UUGUGGCUUUCCUUGUGGCCUACCAGCAAAACAAGCAGCUGAUAGGAGACAAGGGGCUGCUCCCAUGUAAGCUGUACCUGCAGAGCGUCAAGAGGUACUUCAAGGGGAAGAUCGGGCUGGAUGCGCUGAGCUUUGCACCAACCAUCAUCUGGUUCCUGGAGUGGUCAGACAUGGACGGCAUCUUGGACGGCAUCUCUGUCCUUGGCCUCAUGAUUUCGGCCUUCGUGCUGGUGACUGGGUGUGCAAACAUGAUCCUCAUGGCCCUCCUGUGGAUUCUCUACCUCUCCCUCGUCAACGUUGGACAGAUCUGGUAUUCCUUUGGAUGGGAGUCCCAGCUGCUGGAAACGGGCUUCCUGGGGAUAUUCCUGUGCCCGCUGUGGACCCUGUCCCGCCUGCCCAGCUCCACUCCGCCUUCCCGCAUCGUCAUCUGGGGCUUCCGCUGGCUCCUCUUCAGGAUCAUGCUGGGAGCGGGAUUGAUUAAAAUACGAGGAGAUCGCUGCUGGAGAGAGCUGACCUGCAUGGACUAUCACUACGAGACCCAGCCGGUGCCCAACCCUAUAGCCUACUUUAUGCAUCGCUCCCCGUGGUGGUUUCACCGCUUUGAGACGUUGUUCAACCACUUCAUCGAGCUGGUGGUGCCCUUCUUCGUCUUCCUCGGGCGGCGCAUGUGCAUCGUACACGGCGUCCUGCAGAUCCUCUUCCAG